AAUUAAGAAGAAAAAAACAAAUGUAAGAACUUGUGGAACUGUGGGUGCAUGGGUAUAAUAGUUAAAAGUGAUGAUGAUGAUGAUGGUGGUGGUGUAUAUAUAUAUAUAGCCCUUCUUAGCUCUCUCUUAAAUCUCCUCCUACGCCCAAAAUCUUUGCCAAUACAUACCUCCUCUCUAAGCUAGCGCUUGGUUUUUCUUCCAUCUUUUAACUACCAAAAGGCAACCACCACCGAGCGCAGCCGGAAGAGUUGGGUUGGUUUGCCCACAAAGCCUUGUGUUCAAGUCUUGUGAGUCCACAGCUAGCUUCUCUAGUCUGUCUUCUGUGACUCGAAAGGGGUGGGGAGGGGUGGUGGUCGGGCAAGUGAUGCGCAGCGGAGUUUGUACGGUUCAGCAGACGUUCUCGGCGGAGGCAGCCUCCGUGCUGAAGCACUCUCUGAGCUUGGCCAGGCGGAGGGGCCACGCCCAGCUCACUCCUCUCCAUGUGGCAGCCACUCUGCUGAGCCCCAGAGCCAGCAUCCUCAAGAGAGCCUGUCUCAAGUCCCAGCCUCACCAAACCUCACAUCCCUUCCACUGCAAAGCUCUUGAGCUUUGCUUCAAUGUGGCUCUCAAUCGGCUCCCAACGACACCAGGCUCUCUCCUCCAUGGCCAACCCUCUCUCUCCAAUGCCCUGAUUGCCGCUCUCAAGAGAGCUCAAGCCCACCAGAGAAGGGGCUUCUUGGAGCAGCAGCAGCAGCAGCAGCAGCCACCUCUUCUCGCCGUCAAGGUUGAGCUGGACCAGCUUAUUUUGUCCAUCCUGGAUGACCCCAGUGUUAGUAGAGUUAUGAGAGAAGCUGGGUUCUCCAGCACGGCAGUGAAGAACAAUCUAGAAGACUCUUCAUCUCCCUCUGUUUUCCACUGUUAUGGUAGCUCCGGUGGGGUCUAUUCUUCUCCUCCUUCUCCGCCUGAAAACCAAAGAGAAAUCAUCAAUCCCAUGAGUUUCUGGCAGACCCAUUUCUUGGCCUUUAAUUCUGACCAAAACCCACUUCUCUCUUCCCCACAGAAGAAACUCCCAAGCAUCAAUAAUCCAUCCAUACAUUCAACUAAUUCACUGAAGCAAGAAACCAAGUUGAUUUUUGAGGUCUUGUUAAAGAAGAGAAGGAGGAACACUGUCAUAGUUGGCGACUCUGCGGCGCUAACUGAAACUCUUGCUGUACAAGUGAUGGAUAGCAUAGAGAAAGGAGAUGUUCCGGAUGAACUGAAAUCAACCCGGGUUAUCAGAUUUGAGCUGAAAUCAGUUCCCUUGCGGUUCAUGAAGAGAGAAGAGGUGAAGCUGCACCUCUCAGACCUGAAAAGAAAGGUGGAUUCUCUUGCUUCAGGGGGAAUUAGGGGAGUGAUGAUCUAUACAGGAGAUCUGAAAUGGACAGUUGAAGAAGAAACAGGAGUCGGGUACAACCCGGUUGAUCAUCUAAUCGAAGAUAUAGGGAGACUGCUUUCUGAACACAACAGCAACUCAAACACUACAAAAGUUUGGUUAAUGGCCACUGCAAACUAUCAAACCUACAUGAAGUGUCAGAUGAAGCAACCUUCCCUGGAGAUCCAAUGGUCUCUCCAAGCUGUUUCUGUUCCAUCAGCUGGACUUGGUUUGAGUCUUCAGGCCACAAGUGCCCAUGACUAUGGAAAUCCAUCUGAGUUGCCGGAAACGAAGCCUUUUGCCGGAAAGGAGGAUCAAGGCAGGCCUUCCUUUCUAUUCCAUGGUCAAGGCUUAUCUGGGAAGAGCUACCAACCUUGUGCAUUGAAUCCAUGGUGGGCUAAUCAGAAACCCACGUCCCCAGAGAUGAAUUCCAUCUGUUUUGGGCAUUCACCAUCGAAGACUAGCCAAACCACGAGUUCUCUGCCCCGUUUCAGGCGCCAACAAUCCUGUCACAUUGAAUUCAGUUUCAGUAACGAGAGCAGCAAACCCCAGUCUGUGGAACCAAACUUGGAUUCUCUGAAGAACACUGAUGUAAAGAUCACGCUUGCUCUGGGAAAUUCUCCGGAUUCUGUCUCCGGAGAAUUGGUAGAGAUUAGGAAAAGCGAAAUAUCUAAGCAGUUGGAAGAGAAUGUGCCCUGGCAACUGGAAGCCAUUCCUGGAAUAGUACAAGCUCUGGUUGAAUCCAGACCAACCGAGAAGGGGACUUGGUUAAUGAUACGGGGAAAUGAUUCAGUAGGAAGUAGAAGAUUGGCUCGUUGCAUUGCAGAAUCAGUUUUUGGCACUGCCGAGUUUCUCCUCUGCAUGAACAUGAGAGAAAGAGAGGGCAAGAUGAUCAGUGAGUGCACUGAAACACUGGAAAGAGCCUUUAGAGACGGGGAAAAAUAUGUUUUUCUGGUUGAAAAUGUUGAUCUUGCCAACACCCGGUUCUUGAAAUUUCUCGGUGACAGCUUUCAAACUGGAAAUUUUCCAUUUCAAGCAAUAUUUAUCCUAACUCAGGACGAGUCUACAAGCUGUAGAUGUGGAAAGGACACUGCUUCUGUAAUCCAGAUCAAUUUGGAAGUUGAAGAAAUGGAAAGGUCUCAGUCUCAUAGCAAGAGGAAAGCGGAUUGGGAUUUGUCAAACAAGGCCAAGAGUCCCAGAAUCCAUGAUGAGAAUGAAAGUGCCUCUUCAAUUGAUCUGAACAUCAAAGCUGAAGAUUUCAGCCCUGUUUCUAGCGAUUUGACUGGCGAAACGGGGCGUGAUCUGCAGGUUUCAUGUGGGUUUCUCGAACAGAUCAAGAACCGGUUCGAUUUCAGCCGGGAUUCAGCUCAGGAUAGGCUGAUAAAGGAGGAAUUACUGGGCAAGAUCAAACGGUCAUUUGAAGAAGUAAGCGGAAGCUUCUGUUCAUUUGAUGUGGAAGAGAAGUUGACGGAGGAACUGUUGGCUGGGGCUGGCAGUUUUCUCAACGCCCAGUUUGAAAAGUGGCUCAGAGACGUUUUCCAAAGGAACUUGCUAACGGUCAAAAUUGGCGGGAAGAGGAGCCUCAGGCUCUGUUUGGGAAGGGAAAGGGGGAAGGAUCAGUUAGAAAAUAGUGGCUUCUUGGGAUCUAACCUUCCACAAACAAUCCAAGUUUCCUUCGUGGAAUGAGAGGGGUAAUAUUGUAAAUGCACAAGGGGUCCAUGUCUAACUGUCGCUUUCCUAAUAUAGCUAGAUAGACUUUUUUGUUUCUUUUUCCCCCCCAAGUACUCCCCUUUUUCCUUCAAUUUUCCCAUUUGUCUUUUAUUUCCCUUCCUAUGUCUCUAUGACAAGAAAAUAUAUGGUUAUAUGUUCAAUAUAUAACAAAAAAUGAAGUUUCUGCAAUUUUUAGUACUAAGUAUUGGA